AACGAACUUGAAAAAUUGCUAAUACCACAAAUUGAGAUCAAUGGAGGACGGAAGCCUCACAUUGUGUACUACCAAAUAUAUAGCAAGCUGAAUUCUCUAAUGGAAAAUCGUGGAAGCAUUUUUGAGAAAUGUUACCCAAUAAGUUUGCCACUUGCACAUAAGAUGCUAGCUUUCUCAUAUAAAUUUCCAAGUUCUUUUGGCCAGUGGGAUCCAAUCAAGCUAAGUGAAGGAGAUGUAAUCAAGCCACAACAAAGCCAUGAAAACACAGUCUUCCCUGUAAUCCAUCGACAAUAUAUUUAUUUCUUUUCAAGUAAAGAAAAUAAAGAAACAUUUAUGAAAAAUCCCAUCAAAUAUAUUCGUCAGCCAAAACCUAAACCAGCUGUGCCUGUUAAGAUUGCAAUUGUGGGACCUCCAAAAUCUGGAAAGACUACAGUUGCCAAGAAAUUUGCAAGUGUGUAUGGGUUACUGCGCCUGAGUAUGGGAGAUGCCAUACGGCUAGUGUUAAACAAUCAGCCAGAGAGCAAGUUGGCACUUACGCUGAAGUGGCAUCUUCACAAAGGACUGACUGUACCCGAUGAACUGGCCAUCCAGGCUCUAGAUGUGGCUUUGAUGAAUCACGUGUGUAAUACCACCGGAGUUGUAAUUGAUGGAUAUCCUGUAACAAGAAAACAAGUAAACCUCUUGGAAUCGGCUAGGAUAAUUCCAGUGAAAAUCUUUGAAUUAGAAAUGGAUGCAAAGGAAGUGUUCAGAAGAGCACUGUUGGAUAAGGAAAGCAUGAAUAGACCUCCCUACCCUGAACAUGACAGCUCACAGAUUCUAGCUAUUAAAAAUUCCUGUUAUAAACAGCACGUUGAUGCAAUUAGGACUUACUAUAAGAAGGAGCAUCAGAACUGGUAUGUGAUUGAUGCCUUUCAGAGCAAGUGGUGGAUCUGGAACAAAGUACUGCAGGAAGUUCAAGUGGCUGUUAAAGAAAUCCAGAUAUACCUGGAAAGAAUAAAAGAAGGGAAAGCAGCUGGCAUUGUUGAUUUAUGUAUAACUCCUGAAGAGCUGCAGUAUCGGCUGGGGGAGUUUGGCCAGUACUGUCCCGUCAGCCUCGCGGAAAAGGGUGAAUUGGUUGACUGCUCUGUAACGUCAUCAUUGCAGUUUGCUGCAGAAUUUCGAGGACACUAUUACAAAAUGGCUUCACAGGAAGAACUGGAUAAAUUCUUGAGCAGACCAGAGGUUUAUGUGCCACCACUGGCACCUCACCCUCUCCCACCCCCAGAUAUGCUACCAAAGAAACUGACUGCAGCAGAAGUGAAGGCCUUAUUCCCUGUAAGUGCUGAAAUGCAGGGAUACUGUCCAGUCACUUACCUCGAUGGAAAACAGAGAUAUGAAGCUUUGGUGCCUGGCAGUAUCGAGUAUACAGCAAAAUAUCAAGAUAAGGUAUAUAUUUUUGAAAGUGAAGAAAAACUUCUGAAGUUUAUGAGAUUACCAGAGAAGUACUGGAAUCUGAAGCUUCCACGUAAACUCCCUCCAAUAAAGGAGCCAAUACUACUCACUGCACUUCCUCUGGCUGGAUACCUUGAACAGGGAGUAGCAACUUCUCUAAUAAAAGCUCUGAAUGAAGUAGGCUCCUUAAAGCCAAAGUUUCCAUUUCUAAGUGUAAAAAAAACUGCUCUGCUGUUUGUUGCCUGCCAUUUAAAAGCGCACAACCCCAGGAGCUCGGAGCCCGUGCGGCGGAUGUACCAGAGGAAGCUGACACGGUUCAUGGAGCACUGCCAGCUCAUCCCCUACCUGGGGGCAACCAUGGCGGGCCCGUACAGGGAGCCGCGGCGCAGGCCCCUUGGCUUUGACGGCAGGCUGCAGACUUUUCUCUCCCUGAAAGAUGCCAGCCCCAGUUUUGC